AUACUCUCUUCUGUGUAAUCUUUGAUGGGUCAAAGGUUUGAUUACUGUUGGGAUUAGAUUCUCGCACCGAAUAUAAUCGCCACCUCCUCCAUCUGAUUUGUGGAUUUCAUCUUCACAUUGCUUUCAUAUAUAUAUAUAUAUAUAUUUGUCCUUUGCUUUGUGAUUGUUGAUAUUGUUUGGCAUUGGUAUUGUAUGUUUUGUUUGGGGUUUUCUACUCACAGGAAGGCUCUUUCUUGAUAUUGCCCCAUCUGAAGGUGUGUUCUUCAUCAAACCCAUAUGCAUAUUUUUCCUAUUUUAAUGGGUUAAUCUUCUAUUCGGAUUUGUACGUGCGUAGAGGAGUUAGCAAGAUUUGAUAUUUCUUGGGUGCGUCUGAUUCUGUUUUUCGGGAUAAAAAAGUGAAGGCCUUUAAAUAUCUGGUGUUUUUAUUUGGUAAUUGGGAGCCUUGAUUAACAUAGCUGGACAAGCUAUGGUGUUAAAUCAAGAAGAGAAUGUGUGCGGCGGUGUAAGGUCUGAUGAUGGUUAUUUCAUGGAGGGAUGGCCGGGUGCAGAAACUGAAGAGUUGGUGGACUUUGAUGAUUCUGAAUCUCAUGAGGGUUAUGAAGAUAUUGCUGAUUUGUUGCCUAAUGAUCCUUUUGGGAUGGAGAUCAAUAUAGGUUUGCCCAAUGAUCCGUGUGGCAUGGAUUUCAAUAUAAGUUUGCCUACAGAUCCUUUUGGUAUGGAUUUCAAUAUAGAGGCUACUGUUGCGGCCAUUACUGGUUGGAUUGAGGAUUUUGGUUUGAAAGCUUGUGGGUUAGAAACUGAUGAAGCUUCUGAAGAUAAAAAUACUGAUGACAACAAAUUCUUUGCCGAACUGAACUUUGUUUGGACUAGCUCUAUGGAGUAUGAACAAGAGGAGGGAAAGAACGAGGUGGUUGGUUCUGGUAUAGAGUCAUACCCGCAGGAUGGGUCAUAUGAUGACCGUAAUAUGUCGGGUAGUGACAUGGAAGGGUUAAUGUUCUUUGGUUGUGAGAAAUAUCAGAAUGAGCAUGUGAACGAAGCUAGUGUUGCUGACGGAGGUGCUCCAGCAGAUGCUUUAUUUUUUGCUCUUGGUUAUCUUGGUGUUAUGGACCUUCUUUCUGUUGAAAGGGUUUGCAAACCACUGCGUGAUGCUGUACAGAAUGACCCACUUCUUUGGAGAAAUAUUCACAUUGAUCUUCCCUUGAAUGAUAAGAUCACUGAUGAUGAUCUUCUGCGGUUAACUAACAGGGCUCAAGGUACCCUUGCCAGCUUGAACCUUGUGAAGUGCUUCAAAAUCACCAAUGCUGGUCUGAAGCGUGUGCUCCAAAGCAACCCAGGAAUGACAAAGUUAAGUGUGCCAGGAUGCACCAGGCUCAGCAUUGAAGAUGUUCUGCACGAUUUAAAGGUCUUUAAUUCUGUUGCCUUGCCUGGUAUAAAGCUCCUAAGAAUAUGUGAGCUUUUUGGUUUAACGAACCAGCACCUCAAAGACUUUAAGCUUUUAUUAGGGGCAGAUGAGGACAAAAAGCCCAGCAAUUAUAAACCAAGGUUCUAUCGUGCGGGACAGUUAUAUCUCUCUCUUGACGAUGAACGUGUUAUUGACGUUGAAACAUGCCCGAGAUGCCAGCAUGCGAGAUCAGUUUAUGAUUGCCCGGCUGAGAGUUGUCAAGCGAAGAUCCAUUCUGUAAAUGCAUGCAGAGCUUGCAUCUUUUGCAUUGCUCGUUGUAUAAGCUGUGGAUGCUGCUUGGAUAAUAAAGCAUAUGAAGAGACAUUCUGUUUGGAUUUACUUUGUUUGGACUGUUUGGCACAGCUCUUGAACUACCAGGAUAGGGUGACCUUAUCACCAUUGCACACUUGCUUGCGCCAAAAGUCAAGUUACCACGUCGUCCUAUAUGGCUGAGCACCUGACUUGAGUAAUGUCUUUGAACGCUUGUGGAGUAAUGGGGCGAAAUCAUAGGACUAUAUGCGCGUACCAAAUCCAUUACAGAAAGGAUGAGUGUACCAUGAGGCUGUGAGAUCUGACAUUUUCAUUGAAGAUUUGGUGCUUAAAACCAUCUGAGUGGGUUAAGGUGGCAAGACUUUCAGCUCAAGAACAUGGAGUCCCUUAAAUGUUGAAAUGUGAAAUCUCAGAGAUAUUCUAACCCCUCUUCUGUCAACAUGGGCAUUCCAUGAAAAAUAUUGUGGAAAGGGGACGACAGUUUGGCUGACAAAUGAUGUAGGAGAGGCUUAUAAUGCUGUUUAAAGUUCUUUGUGAACUUACAUAUGCUGCCAGAGGAAACACAGAGUUCUGACGAUACGAUAUGUCUGUUCCGACAACAAGGUACCAACAAGUAACAGUCCAGCAUUGUUUGGUAAUUCCUUGAUGAGACGGUAAAGAAUAUCACAUGCUCACUGGACGGCGGUGAUGCUUGUUUGCGUUGGCCAAGAUAUCCUAUGCCCAUUGGACAGCGCUGAUGCUUGCUUGUGUUGGCCAAGUUGGGAUGGAAACUUGAGACAGCAGCUCUGGAGAGUGGUGGUCCUGGGAAUGUCUGUUGAUUGGUGUAACCUUGAAUGCUCAGAUUUCACUAAGCUGCGUUGUGGUACUUGAGACAAUAUAAGCAGUCAUUUCGUAAUUUUCAGUACUCUGUAAGAAUUGGGAGCUUCAUUCUUGAGGCAACGAAGCAUUUACUAUGUCUUACUUUCGUUUCGUGGUUGAUAUCGUAACAUGUUAAAUGUGCUUAUCAUUUUUUCAGUGGAUAUUUUUCUUGUGA